AUGAGAGGUUGCCGACCGCACGAAUCUGUGAAGACGAGGCUGAGUGUUCGCAACAUCUGCUGCGAUGCGGAAGUUCGGCUCAUUAAGCGAAUCGUUGAGCCCAUGAACGGUGUGGAUAGUGUCUCAGUGAACCCCUUCUCCAAGAUUUGCGCCGUGGUGCAUUGCCCCGUGACUUGCUGUUCCUCACCCGAGUCCAUUUUGGAAAAGCUGAAUGAUGCAGGCCUUGGCGCGGCUCUCAUCGGUCAGGGAAGCAACGAUGAUGACCUUGAAGAUAUUGAUUACGUUCUUUGGUGCCGGCAGCAUGCUCGUCACUUUUCCAUGUUUCUAUCGACUAUCCUACUGAUCAUCGGUGGGGUGAUGUCUACAUUGGAGCAGACAGAGGCGAGUCACGCCUUGGAGAUCGCUGCAAUCUGUGUUGGCAUACCUUUCAUUUUGGCGGAAGCUGCUGUGAACCUCUCCAAAUGUCAGAUUGAUUUGGCCUUUCUCGUUAUAAUAGCAACUGUUGGCGCGGUCGUGCAAAACGAGCUACUGGAUGGUGCUUUGGUUGUGACCCUCUUCAAUUUAGCAAAGGUUAUCGAGCAUAUUGCAAUGAGCCGUGUUUCGAAGGCACUUCGAGCCGUCAUGCAGCUUGAUACCAUUCACAUGGUCUCCUUGGCACAAGAUGGACGAAUGGUUGCAGCUACUGAAUUAAAAGAAGGGGAUGUCAUUUCUUUGCGUCCUGGUGAAGAAUGUCCAGCAGAUGGGGUGGUCACCAGAGGAUCGGCAUCUUGCUCAGAAGCCGCCAUCACUGGUGAAGCACGUCCCGUGGAGAAACGGAAGGAACACAAGAUUUCCUCCGGCUGCGUGAUUUUGAAUGGCUACGUUGAAGUCACUUUAACGAAGGAUCAUGCCAACUCCACACUCUCGCAGAUUGAGGCGAAGGUGGAGGAAGCUCAAAUGCAGAGAACUGGCAAGCAGCUCAUGUUGGAACGCUUUGCACGCAUUUGGACACCUCUAGUCCUCCUGACCGUGCUACUUGUUUGCACGGUGGUACCUUGGGCCAGUGGCCAAGGUUUCCACAAAUGGAUCCACCGCGGUUUGGUGAUUCUCCUCACCGCCUGCCCCUGUGCCAUCGUCAUCGGCGCGCCCCUGGCGACGACCUGCGCCAUUGCCGCGGCGGCCACCAGGGGAUUGCUCAUCAAAAAGCCGGAUACCGUGGAGCUGCUGCCCUCCAUCCGAGCCGCUGGCCUGGACAAGACAGGAACGCUCACAAAAGGUGAAUUUGCAGUUCUCCGUGUGGAAGAAUUCAAGACGAGCGUCGCACAAGCAGGAGAGAUGGACCCUUUGAAGAUGGCAGCUGCAGUGGAGAUGAAAUCGGCUCACCCCAUUUCAGCGGCGAUCGUCUCCCGAGCAGUUGGCUGUAUUGGGGACGCCUUUGAAGCUGCAGAACUGCCGGAAGUGAAGAAGUUUCGCAAUCUGCCGGGCAUUGGCAUCCAAGGCAACGUGUCCUUCGAGUCGAGCGUUGCCACCGUGUUGGUUGGCAACAAGAGGGUCCUGGAUGCGGUGCAUGCAGAUCCAACAGCUCACGCGAGGUUCAGCACUUUCCAGGCGCAGCAUCCCAAUGAUACCACCGUGGCGGUGGUGGUCAAUGGUAUCUUGAAACUGGGCCUGGCCUUGAAUGACAUUAUCCGCAACGACGCAGCAGCAAUGGUGAGCGACUUGAAACGCCUGGGAUGUCAGCCUGUCAUGCUAACUGGAGAUGCUGAAGACGCAGGAAAAAGUGUUGCCGUUGCCACCGGCCUGGACCCUGAACUGUGCCACUUCUCAAUGCACCCAGAGGACAAGCUCCAGUGGGUUCACGAGCAGGAAAGUGCAGGCCGGCCAGCCCUCAUGCUUGGUGAUGGCAUCAAUGACUCCACAGCUUUGGCGACUGCCACCGUUGGUGCUGCCAUGGGUGAGACAAGUGCUGCCCUUGCAGCGAAUUCAGCGGAUGUGGUUUUAAUGACUGACAAGUUGCAGCGCCUCACACAGUGUAUCAGGCUAUGUCGCUAUGCAUUUUGCAUCGAGCGACUCAACAUCUUCCUUCCAUGUCUCGUGAAAGUCAUCGAGAUCGGCUUUGCUUGGUCGGGCCACUUGCAAUUGUGGAUGGCGAUUGUGGCAGAUCUGGGAACUUUGAUGCUGGUCUUGGUGCUUGGACUCUCAGUCCUCUCACGGCGCUUUUGGACUGAGAAAGACUCCCAAGAAUAUUCAGCAAUCGAGAGUGAGACAGGUAGCAGUGAAACUGAGAGCUCAUCCCAGGAGACCUUGCAUGGAAGCAGCGAUGGUGCUGCUGGCUCGGGAAAAGCUGUGGUUGUGCUGAACCACUCGGGCAGCAUCUUGAAACGCUUUGAGCCGGGUGAGCCCGUGGAGUUGACAGUGGCAGAGGUCUUGAUGGCUGCGAAGACAGAUGAGUUUGGAGAUUCUGACUCCAGGCUCUUGCUAAACAAUCGGUACAGCAACUUCGACGAACGCAUCAUGCUGAUGGACUCUCCCUUCGGCCUACAGGGUCCUCCGCUGCGGUUGACUGGAGCUGACCUAAAACUCAAGCUCUCCUUCACCAACAAGGGCUAUUGCCAGAUGGACCUGGAUUCUGAUCGCGUCUACGUGAGCACCAAGGAUGCUGACGUCGCCUGCCUCACUGUCAGAGCCAAGAGGGAUUGGACGCAGAAGGUUCGUUCUGCUGCAGCUUCCUCAGUGCCUUUUGGGCGACUUUCCACUGCGCGGAGCGACCAAACCCUGAGCACGCCUCAGCUCCGACGCUUCAACUACAUUCUGGCCUAUGAAGAUGACCUCGAUGCCAACGAGCGAGAGAAGCCACAUCCUCAGGGCGCUCCUUUGCAUGUUGAGCUCCGUUUUACGGCGAAGGUACCCUUAGGUAACAUCAAGUACGUGGAUUUCGUGUACAAGACCGUCCUGAAGGAUGGCGAAGGCAGAAGUAAGCAGCGCUGUGAGAUGCUGGAGUUCUGCUCUGCCUGCUCCAGUGGAGAGCCCCUGUCCUUCGAGGUCCUUCAGAAGUUCUUCAAUCGCAGACGCCGCGCAGGCGUUGCAGAGAGGCUGUUUCAGGACAGCAGCGUCAGUACCAUCCACACAAUCACGGAUUCACAAGAUCUGAAAGUAAGUGAAGAAGGCGAUGAUGAGCCUCUCAAGGCAGCUAUGGCUGCGGAUGCUGCCAGUCUCCGAAGGUCUCAUCUAGGUGACGAGUACAUGAAGAGCGGGUCGCGUCUCACUGAUAUCCUGCUGGAGAAUGACAACUUGCAGUCACGCUGCGCAGAUGUCACUGAAAGUUUGGAGGAGACACUCAAGGUGGCUGCUUCAGUGAUUGCUGAUGGUGGGGAAGAAGGUACACGUGCCGACAUCUAUCGCGAGGAGGUGCGAAGAAUAGGACAAUCCACCAAAAUGACUCCGCAGCUGUUAGCCGAUGGCAGCGUCUAUGCUGGAGAAUGGGUCGGAGCUGUGAGGCACGGUCGGGGUGUCUUGACCCGACCAGAUGGCUCCUCCUAUAGUGGUCAGUUCGAGUGGAAGAAUGGCAAGCAGGACGGUGAAGGUCGAGAAACCACCACAGAAGGAGCCAUUUACCAAGGUGAAUACAGCGAGGGCAAGAAGCAGGGGCAAGCAGCCAUCUACUACCCAGAUGGGGCAACCUAUGUCGGACAAGUGUCCGACGGUAUGCUACAUGGCAAGGGAAAGUAUCUGUGGAACAACGGCCACUACUACGAAGGAGAUUGGGAAGCAGAUCAAAUGCAUGGCGAGGGCACCUACGUAUGGCCCACAGGGGCCAAAUUCGUGGGAACCUACCAAAACAACCAGAAGCACGGUUAUGGAACGGUGUAUUGGCCCGAUGGCAGGACGGUGUCUGGAACGUGGCCCAGCGUGGCCUGGAUCACGGUGGAUCCAGUGGAUUGGUUUAAGGGAAAAUCUUAA